CCCUCUCUCCCUUUCUUCCUGCCUCGCCUUCCUGCGGCGAAGGAGGCUCAUCUAUUAUAAAUGCACAUUCGGGGCUGACAUCAGCGACCAGCGGCGGGCGAGCGCCGACGAGCGGUCCCUGCGCGCUGCCCGGCUGGAGCGCGGCCCCCAGGCUCAGCUGAGCCUUCCGCGGGGCGCGGGAGAGCGCCCAGAGCCUCCCGGGCCGCGAGCGCGCCAAGCCGCGGGGACUCCCUCCCGCUGCCGCCCAGGCCCCCAGCGGACCCCGACCGCCGCCCCUGCACGCCGCGCCCGCGCCCCCGCAGCGCCCCGGAGUUCCUGCAUGACUGUCACAAAGAUGUCCUGGCGACCGCAAUAUCGCAGCUCCAAGUUCCGGAACGUGUAUGGGAAGGUGGCCAACCGGGAGCACUGCUUCGAUGGGAUCCCCAUCACCAAGAAUGUGCACGAUAACCACUUUUGUGCUGUCAAUGCCCGCUUCCUGGCCAUCGUCACCGAGAGCGCAGGAGGAGGGUCCUUCCUAGUCAUCCCCCUGGAGCAGACGGGCAGGAUUGAACCUAACUACCCCAAGGUCUGUGGUCACCAGGGGAAUGUGCUGGACAUCAAGUGGAACCCCUUCAUUGACAACAUCAUUGCCUCAUGCUCGGAGGACACAUCGGUGCGGCUCUGGGAGAUCCCCGAGGGUGGGCUGAAGCGGAACAUGAUGGAGGCGCUCCUGGAGCUGCAUGGGCACAGCCGGCGUGUAGGGCUGGUCGAGUGGCACCCCACCACCAACAACAUCCUGUUCAGUGCCGGCUACGACUACAAGAUCCUCAUCUGGAACCUGGAUGUGGGUGAGCCUGUAAAGAUGAUCGACUGCCACUCGGACGUGAUCCUCUGCAUGUCCUUCAACACUGACGGCAGCCUGCUUACCACCACGUGCAAGGACAAGAAGCUGCGUGUGAUCGAGCCCCGCUCUGGCCGCGUUCUGCAGGAGGCAAACUGCAAAAACCACAGAGUGAACCGGGUGGUGUUCCUGGGGAACAUGAAGAGGCUUCUCACAACAGGGGUCUCCAGGUGGAACACGAGACAGAUCGCCCUCUGGGACCAGGAGGACCUAUCCAUGCCUCUGAUCGAGGAGGAAAUUGAUGGGCUCUCCGGCCUCCUGUUCCCCUUCUACGAUGCUGACACCCACAUGCUCUACCUGGCUGGAAAGGGAGAUGGAAACAUCCGGUACUAUGAGAUCAGCACUGAGAAGCCCUACUUGAGUUACCUCAUGGAGUUCCGAUCCCCAGCCCCGCAGAAAGGCCUAGGGGUCAUGCCCAAGCAUGGGCUGGACGUGUCGGCCUGCGAGGUGUUCCGCUUCUACAAGCUGGUGACUCUCAAGGGCCUGAUCGAGCCCAUCUCCAUGAUCGUGCCCCGGAGGUCAGAUUCCUACCAGGAAGACAUUUACCCAAUGACACCAGGCACGGAGCCAGCUCUGACCCCUGAUGAAUGGCUGGGAGGCAUCAACCGAGAUCCUGUGCUGAUGUCUUUGAAAGAAGGCUAUAAGAAGUCAUCGAAAAUGGUAUUUAAGGCUCCCAUCAAAGAAAAGAAGAGCGUUGUGGUCAAUGGAAUAGAUUUAUUAGAAAAUGUUCCACCCAGGACAGAGAAUGAGCUCCUCCGAAUGUUCUUCCGGCAGCAGGAUGAGAUUCGGAGGUUGAAAGAGGAGCUGGCCCAGAAGGACAUCAGAAUUCGGCAGCUACAGCUAGAACUGAAGAACUUGCGCAACAGCCCGAAGAACUGUUAGCUCCCUGGUGGGGCUGCUUUCUAAGCCGAUCUCUCCGUUGUUUCUACUUGUCCCUUAACUUUCCCUUGUCCCGUGACCCCAGAGACAGAGCCAGGACAGGAGCUGGGGGACAGCCUGAGGACCCCACCUACCACCUCAAGAACUGGAAGCUGACCUUUGACCUCUUGACCUCAAGCUAAUAAAAGUCCCAGCCUUUCCUGGAGACCCACUGCUGGCAGCCCCUUUCCCUGGCACCGCAGGAACCUCGGCUUCCCCUCUGCUGGGCAAAGACCACGGACUCCCUCAGGGGUGCCCUCAAUGGACCAGGGAGCAGAGGAGGAGAGGAGAACCUCAGUAGAUUAGAACUGGAACUUUUCCCCUACAAAGGGGCCUGCUGCCAGGACAUCUCAGCAACCCCUGCUGGGCUCUUAGCAUCAAUAACGGACCACACCGAAAGGGCUGGAUGGCAGGCAUCACCUGUUCUCCCUCCUCUCCCCCCACCACCCUCGACAGCCCUGGAAGCCAGGUUUACCUGACAAGGGUUGCAAGCAGCCCGGCUCCUUCCUGUCUCUUCCCCCUUCUCUCUUGUCUUCAGGGAAUUAAGAGGAUUGCUCGCUAAGGCCAUAAUGACCCCUUGCCUUCCCAUGAUUCUCUUCAAAGCUCUUGCAAUACCCUAUUCCCAUUUAAUUUGUGAGGUAGGCAGGGUAGGGAAUAGUGUCUCCAUUUUACAAAUGACAGAACUAAGGGUUGCACUGGGGAAGUGACUUACUAAGUCACCCAGCAGGUCAACAGUGGACCCAGGACCAGGAUGGAUAGUGUCCAGACCCCAGGCCAGCCAGAGCCCUCCCCACUGCAUCAAAAUGCCAAUCCUGUGGGAGCGUCACUAGUGCCCACGUAUCUGUGGAGAAUGAGAACUGGAAGCCACUUCUACCGUCUGCCCAACACCAGUAGUGCCAACGUGUCACACUGCCCAGCGGAGGCCCCUCACACUCAGUGCCCCUUCCUCCCACUGGCCUCCACCUCUGCUCUCUCCCUCAAGGGGACUCCCUCUGAGAUGAGGCCUCUUCUUCCUGGAAGCUGAGUCUGAGGAGGGUGGAGUCCAGCCCUGGGGAAGGCAGAGCAGAGGUCUAAUGGCUUCGAGGGGUGGAUGAAGCUCUGCGUGUGUCUCUCGCCACUAUGAGCCCAGCCACUUUCAGCCUUACGCUUCUAGAAUGACCACAGCCCCUCACGUCAGUAUAGCACUUUAAAGUUUACACGGUUCUUUGACACAUAGGAUCUCAUUUGAGUCUCAUGUCUGCUCCAGGAGGUAGGGAGCAUUCUGUCCAUUUUGCAGAUGAGGAAGCUGAGAAGUGGCCUGAGGUCACAGGACUCUCUGAGACGCCACUUUUCAUUCUACAUGUUUUCUUUUGUUUCUCCUUUUCUCCCUUCAUUUCCCACUACCCACAGUGUCCAUAGACGCUGUUCUUCUCAGAAUCGUCACAAUUUGGGGAUGAGCUAUGGCCUGGGAAUUAAGAAAUGGGUGUCCACCCUUCUCUCGCAUUCGCUAGGAUCUACUAGACACAUUAUGCUUCACACCUGCUUUUCCCAGGGCCACCCUGCAGGAUAUCCACAGAGGCCAGGGCUCCUUAAGCCCCUUCAGGUGACCAGGGCAGGGAAAAACCCCUGGUCCCUUGGGCUUUUCCUCCAAGAACCUUCCACCCUCUUGGCCAGCUAAAGCAGGGUCUCCUUACCCCCACCUCCUGCAGCUAGACAGUGUCAGCUCUCAUCUCCUCCUCCCCACACUUCUUGAGCUUUUUUUUUUCUUCCCCAUUGACCUUUGUGAUCUUCUCUGAUUAUUUAUGCUGCCUCCCAAGGAUAGAAUUGAAAUAAAAUGUUUUCAACUUAUCAAA